UUUGCAUUGUCGGCCCUAUACCAUCUUGCAAACUUUGUACACGAAGAUAUAUGGUGCACAUGCCCAUCUACUACCAACGGCAACGAGCAGGCUCACCAUAAUGUCAAUCGUGACGGCGUGAACUUGACACUUCUAGGUGGCAGCGUGAGAGGACGAGCCUUUGACGACUGA